AUGGCCCAGGGCACGCCGAAGGGGCCCGGGAGAGCGGCAGCGGCCCAGGCCCAGGCCCGGGCCGUGCGGGGGCCGCGGAAGGGAGGUCGGACGAUCGCCCCCAAGAAGCUCCGCGUGAUCCAGCAGCAGAAGCUGAAGAAGCGCCUGGAGGUGGGGAUCCGCCUGAAGAUCGAGCGGGACGCGGUGCAGCGGGCGGCCGUGGGGCUCCCCAAGAAGCUGGCGGUGGUCGCCGCUCCCCCCGGCGGCGGCGGCGGCGGAGGCUCCGGCAAGGGCAAAACCAAAGCCGCAAAGAAAGGUCGGAGCUGAGACUCCGCCGUCCUCGGUACCGAGCCCGAAGCCGUCCCGCUGCCCCGGGCGGGUGCGGGAGGUGGAAUUGU